GACAUGUCUGCUGCCAGCUGUCAGCUGACUGAGGAUCAGUUCCUGUGCUCCAUCUGUCUGGAUGUGUUCACUGAUCCAGUCACCAUACCAUGUGGACACAACUUCUGUAAAGCCUGCAUCACUCAACACUGGAACGUCAAUGUCCCCGAUCAGUGUCCCAACUGUAACCAGCGUUUCUCCAGGAGACCUGAGCUGCAGGUCAACACCUUCAUCUCUGAGAUGGCUGCUCAGUUCAGACAGGCAGCUCAACAGGAAGCCAGCAGCAGCAGCUCAGAGCAACAAGCUGCCAAACCAGGAGAAGUUCCCUGUGACGGCUGCACUGGAACCAAACUGAAGGCCCUGAAGUCCUGCCUGGUGUGUCUGGAGUCCUACUGUGAGACUCACCUGGAGCCUCACCUGACAAGACCAGGUCUGAAGAGACAUCAGCUGAUGGACCCUGUGGAGAACCUGGAAGGCAGGAUGUGUCUGAAGCAUAAAGAUAAACCUCUGGAGCUGUUCUGUCAGACCGACCAGACGUGUGUCUGCACGCUCUGCACUGUUCUAGACCACAAGAACCACCAUGUUGUUCCUCUGGAAGAAGGAUAUGAAGGAAAGAAGGCCGAGAUGAAGAAGACUGAGGCUGAAACCAAGGAGAUGAUCCAGAAGAGACGCCUGAAGAUUCAGGAGCUCAAACACUCGGUGCAGCUCAGUGAGGAACAAGCAGACAGAGAGAUAGCAGGUGGUGUUCAGGUCUUGACCGCUCUGAAGGAGACUGUUGAGAGAAGCCAGGCCGAGCUCAUCCUCACGAUCAAAGAGAAGCACAGAAACACAGAGAAACAGGCUGAAGGCUUCAUCCAAGAGCUGGAGCAGGAAAUCUGUGAGCUGGAGAAGAGAAGCACUGAGGUGGAGCAGCUCUCACGCUCUGAAGACCACCUCCACCUCCUCCAGAGCCUCAGGACCCUGAAGGCUGCUCCACCCACCAAGAACUGGACCGGAGUCAGAGUCCGUCCACCUUCCUAUGAGGGGACAGUGAUGAGAGCUAUGAAGCAGCUGGAGGAGAUGCUCAGCAAACUGAUGAAGCUGGUCGAGCUGAAGAGGGUCCAGCGGUCUGCAGUGGAUGUGACUCUUGAUUCUGAUUCAGCAAACCCCUACCUCAUCCUGUCUGAUGAUGGAAAACAAGUUAAACUUGGUGAUGUACAGAAGAAUCUUCCAGACAACCCAGAGAGAUUUAAUCCUUGUGCUCUUGUCUUAGCAAAGCAGAGUUUCUCUUCAGGAAGAUCUUACUACGAGGUUCAGGUUGAAGGAAAGACUAAGUGGGAUUUAGGAGUGGUGAGAGAGUCCAUCAACAGGAAGGGAAGAAUCACAGCGUCUCCUCAGAAAGGUUUCUGGUUGAUAUGUUUGAGGAAUGAGAAUGAGUACUCAGCUCAUGUUGACCCUCCAGUCCGUCUCUCUCUGAGGUCUCGGCCUCAGAAGGUGGGGGUGUUGGUGGAUUAUGAGGAGGGUCUGGUCUCCUUCUAUGACGUAGAUGCUGCAGCUCUUAUCUUCUCCUUUACUGACUGCUGCUUCACUGAGAAACUCUUCCCAUUCUUUAAUCCACGUCGUAAUGAAGGAGGUCUAAACUCUGCUCCUCUGAUCAUCUCUCCUGUCGACCACACGGAGUAGAACUACCACUGGAUUCCCUCCAGAGAGAUCCACCUUCAUCUAAUAUAAUAAUGUCUGUUAAUUGGUGAUUCUAAUGGUGUGUUCACAGCAGACGCGUCAAAAUUUUGACGCGCGUCGAGAUUACAUGUUAAGUCAAUGCAAAGCUGCGUCGAAGCUGCGUAUUUUCCAGCGAGCAGCGCGUCAGACGCGUUUGAAGCAGCACGAACAGAGGGUUUGUCGCGGGGCGAACUCAGCGAACAGCGCGAACAGACGCAGCUCCUCGACGCGCGAGUUGAAAUUUCCCAACUCUGGCAGCAAAGACGCGUGAGUCAUAGUUGCGUCAGCCAAUCAGCGUUGAGCAGCUCCGCUCGUCAU